AUUUUUGUAAUAAAAUGUAAGGUGAGAAGAGAAUAAUUGAAUGGAAUGAGUUAGCAGAUCAUUGUAAUCGUACAUCACUUUGGGUGGUGAUAGAAGGAUAAGUGUUUGAUGUAACAACAUAUUUAGCAGAACAUCCAGGAGGUGAUGAUAUUCUGCUUAAAUAUGGUGGAUUAGAUGGGACUGAAAAGUUCAAAGAAAUGAACCAUUCUAAUUAUGCUCGUUCUCUAAGAAAUGCUAGAUUAGUUGGAACACUUACUUCAGAUUCUUAACCAAGUGAUUACUUAAAGAUUGUCAAAUCUAAAAAACAAAAAGUAUAAGUGUGAUAAUAACCUUAGAAUAAUGUUAAUCCAAAUCGUUAAAUUACAUGGGAAGAAUUAGCAUAGCAUAAUACAAAAGAUGACUUAUGGAUGGUGAUAGAAGGAAAAGUUUAUGAUGUUACAGAUUUUUAAGAUGAUCAUCCAGGAGGUCCAGCAAUUUUAUUGGGAAAAGGUGGUGAUGAUGCAACAGCAGCAUUCCACGACGCAAAUCAUUCUCAAAGUGUGUUCAAGUAAUUGGAAACAUUAUAAAUUGGGGUCAUACACGGUAUAAAUAUAUUAAUAUUUUAAAGGAGUGAAACCAAAAGCAAGUGGAAGCAGUUCAAGUACAAGUGCAGUUUUCUUUAUUCUUUUGAUUUUGGCAAUUGCAGCAGGAAUAUUUUUUAUUAGAAAUUAGAAUUAAACAUAAUGAAAAUUAUAAAUAAAAUUAUAUAAAUAAUUUAAGGGAAUUAUUAUUUAAAAUCUAAAAUUCCUAUAUUCAUUUAGGACAAUACAAAGGUCUUUGCUUAGAAUUUGAUGAAAGUAUGAAUGAUUUAAUAAGAAUUACUUGAAGCAGAAUGAUAAUAAUUAUUAAUAAUCGAUUUUAGCUGCAGCAGCUAAGCACAAUAUCUCUUAAGAGAUUCCAAUGACUGUUCAAUUAAACAAAGUUACAGCUUAGAAUGAUGUCC